AUGUUCCCAUUGCAAGGUGCACAGAUGUUGCAGAUGCUGGAGAAAUCCUUGAUCAAGAGCCUUCCUGAAUCCUUAAAGGUUUAUGGUACUGUCUAUCACAUUAACCAUGGAAAUCCAUUCAAGCUAAAGGCCCUAGUAGACAAGUGGCCUGAUUUUAAUACAGUUGUUAUCCGCCCUCAGGAGCAGGAUAUGACAGAUGACCUUGAUAACUACACCAAUACUUACCUCAUCUACUCCAAGGACCCUCAAAACUGUCAGAAAUUGCUUGACUCUCCAGAAGUCAUCAACUGGAAACAGCACUUGCAGAUUCAAAGUUCACAGUCCAGUCUGAAUGAAGCAAUACAAAAUCUCACAACCAUUAAAUCUUGCAAAGUUGAACGCUCAGAAAAUCUUCUCUUUAUGACAUCUGACUCAGUCAAGAAACUGGUUCCUAACCUGCUGGAUACAGCAAAUUUAUCACCAACUGGUGGCAAGCCCAAGGCCAUCAAUGAAGACAUGUUUAAAUUUUCAUCUGUGGAUGUUACCCAUGCUGCCUUGGUAGACAAAUUAUGGCUUUUUGGUGGCAAUGAAAGGAGCCAGAAAUUCAUUAAGCGCUGUAUAGAGACUUUUCCAAGUUCCUGUGUCCUUGGACCUGAGGGGAACCUUGCAUCCUGGACGCUAAUGGAUCACACUGGAGAGAUGCGAAUGGGAGGCACCAUGCCUGAGUACCGGGCCCAGGGCCUUGUAACCUAUGCUAUUUACUUACAGGGCCAGCUUAUGGACAAACUUGGUUUUCCUUCAUAUUCUCAUGUAAACAAGAACAACAUAGCAAUGCAAAAAAUGAGUUAUACUCUGAACCAUAUCCUCAUGCCCUGUAGUUGGAACCAGUGGAAGUGUGUGCCUCUGUAA